UCGGGUGUCCUCCACAUCCAUGCUAAAUACCCGUCGUCUUUCUUCUUCAUCUUGUUCUUUCUAUCAUUCAAUGCUGCCUAUAUCCCUGGCAUCUUCAACCGUGAUCAAAGAUCUGCGUUUCUAUUCUUGGGCAGUCAUUAAUCUCGGCAUUCACUGCUUCUUUCAUUGUUCCUUAUGUCAAGUUUUCUGUGAAAUGCUGGCUAAAUUUUGAAUUAUUCAGGAUUCUGCAUCUCAGAUUGUAUUGGGGUUUCUUGCAAUUUCUUGCUGCAUCGCAAUACUGGUUCAUUUCUGAACUUGAUUCUUCCCGUUUCUCGGAGGUUCGAUUCUUUCCAUUCUGCCCGAGAAACCCACUCCCAUUGUCCAAUACCUAACUAUAUCGACUUUUUCCUAAAAUUGGACGUGUUCUGGCCCUAAAGAUUUGGCAUUGUCUCUGUGGGCGAGCUUUGCCGAGUUCGGAACUUGUUUUUGGUUUCUUCUGAUUAGAUAGUGCGUGAUUCUGAGGGAAAUUUUGUUUUGGAAUAUUGUGCACCAAUUCGUGUGUUAAGGAUGAAGAGACCGAAAAGUGAACCUCCCAAUUCGAGGAGGUUCAAAUUGUCGCAUUUUUUACUUGGUAUUGGGGUGUUAUAUUUGAUUUUUAUAUCAUGUAAGUUUCCGCAAUUUCUAAAGAUUGUAUCACAGUUAAGUGGGGAUGAAAGCUACGCUACGCUGGAUGGGACAGCUGUAGAGGGCACUAAUGAUGGAGAUUUAAGCAAACCGUUUUUCAGUUCUGCUUAUAAAGAUGUAUUUCACCGGAGCUUAGAAGAUAAUGAAGACCAGGACGCUCCGUCGAGGCCAAACAAGGAACCGAUGAAAGAGGAACAUGCCCCAGAAAAUGUGAAGCAGAUUCCACAGCGGUAUGGCAGGAUUACUGGAGAAAUCAUGCGUCGAUGGAACAGGACUAGUGAUUUGACUGUUUUUGAGAAGAUGGCAGACGAGGCAUGGACAUUAGGGUUAAAGGCUUGGAGAGAAUUAGAUAAGGUUGACGAGAAAGAGUCGGGAGAAAGUUCUAUCAUUGAAGGAAAGCCUGAGUCAUGCCCUUCUUGGAUUUCAGUGAGUGGAGAAGAAUUGGUGAAGGGAGACCGGUUGAUGUUUCUUCCUUGUGGACUUGCCGCAGGUUCUUCAAUCACUGUGGUGGGUACACCUCAUUAUGCUCACAAGGAGUAUGUACCCCAGCUUGCAAGGUUGAGAGGAGGCUCUGGGUUGGUUUCAGUUUCACAGUUUAUGGUUGAAUUGCAAGGGUUGAAGUCAGUGGAUGGGGAGGAUCCUCCAAAGAUUUUGCAUUUGAAUCCUCGUUUAAGAGGGGAUUGGAGCAAACAACCUGUAAUUGAGCACAAUACUUGUUACAGAAUGCAGUGGGGUAAAGCUCAAAGAUGUGAUGGUUUGACAAGCAGUGAUGAUGAAGAAAUGCUCGUUGAUGGACAUAGACGAUGUGAAAAGUGGAUGCGUAAUGAUAUUGUAGACUCAAAAGAGUCCAAGACAACAUCAUGGUUCAAGCGAUUUAUAGGACGUGAGCAAAAGCCAGAAGUGACCUGGCCAUUUGCUUUUGUAGAAGGUAGAAUGUUUGUCCUUACACUGCUUGCUGGUGUUGAAGGAUACCAUAUCAAUGUUGGAGGUCGCCAUGUAACUUCAUUUCCAUAUCGGACGGGAUUUACACUUGAAGAUGCCACUGGAUUGGCCAUCAAAGGAGAGGUGGAUAUUCAUUCAGUUUAUGCUACCGCUCUCCCUAGAUCUCAUCCAAGUUUCUCACCUCAAAGAGUGCUGGAAAUGUCAGAGACUUGGAGAGCCAGUCCUCUACCAAAAAGUCCUAUUAAACUUUUUAUUGGAGUUCUUUCUGCCUCAAAUCACUUUGCUGAACGCAUGGCAAUUAGGAAAACAUGGAUGCAAUCAGCUGCCAUCAAAUCUUCAGAUGUAGUAGUACGAUUCUUUGUUGCAUUGAAUCCGAGGAAGGAAGUAAAUGCUGUGUUGAAGAAAGAGGCCACUUACUUCGGUGAUAUUGUCAUUUUGCCUUUUAUGGACCGCUAUGAGCUUGUUGUUCUUAAAACCAUUGCCAUCUGUGAGUUUGGGGUUCACAAUGUGAGUGCUGCAUAUAUCAUGAAAUGUGAUGAUGAUGCGUUUGUUAGGGUGGAUACUGUCUUGAAAGAAAUUGAACGAGUCCCUCAGAAAAAGUCGCUUUAUAUGGGCAAUCUCAAUCUUUUGCAUCGGCCUCUGAGAAAUGGCAAAUGGGCUGUCACUUAUGAGGAGUGGCCAGAAGAAGUGUAUCCCCCUUAUGCAAAUGGACCUGCAUACGUGAUUUCCAGUGACAUUGUUGUUUUCGUCAUAUCUCAACACCAGCAGAGGAGGCUCAGGCUCUUUAAGAUGGAAGAUGUAAGCAUGGGGAUGUGGGUGGAGCGAUUUAACAGUACCAUGAGAACUGUACAGUAUUCCCAUAACUGGAAAUUUUGUCAGUAUGGCUGCAUGGAGGGCUACUUCACAGCACACUACCAAUCACCAAGGCAGAUGAUCUGUCUGUGGGACAAAUUGACAAGAGGUAGAGCUCACUGCUGCAACUUUAGAUGACAUGUGGCGAUCGACACCACUCGACUCUCAGCCUUUUUGGUAUCAUUUAUGUAAGACACCACCACUGAUGUCCGGCCAAGAAUAGUGUUAGCAGAAUGAGUUUCAAUCACGAAAUAGGAAUUAACACGGACAUGUCCCUGGAAAUGAGACCAAUGAAUUGGAGAUUUUUCAAGGGGGAGAGAUGCUUUUUGGGUGGGUGUGUGCGUGUGCGUGUUGUAGAAAAUGAAAAUGAGAGGCAUUGAAUUCUCGAGUGCACAGUGUAGUCGCGGCUGUGACAGAGUUAAUUCUUGCUGGUUCGGUGUAUAAUUGAGAGAUGCGUUGUCUGUAUCCAAGAAUGUUAGUAGAUUUCUGGUUUUGGUCGAUCUGGAUAGGUCAAGAAUCAAUGUAGAUUUUUGGUUUUAUACUUUUAUAGUUAAGAAUCAAGCUAGAUUUCUUGUUUUGGUAAGAUCUGGAUUGAUUAAGUGGAUACUCUUAAGUCCCACGCAUACAUAAAAAAGUUGUUAAUUCCCAUUA